UCCUCUACGCAUGCAUUGCUGUGUUGUGCAGUUCAGUGAAUAGUUAACAGUUUAUUUAGUUCCAGUGAACCUUAACCUCAAACCUUAAAAAUACCAAAAAACAUUUGAAGUUUUAAAAAAAAAAAAAAUGAGUCGCAGAAGAGCCCACGAAGAUGACGACGGGUACGACCGCGCGUACAAAAAGCGUCGUCGCGUGUCCGAAAACCAGGAAAUAGAGGAUCGCUUGGAGUCGCUGAUAAUCCGAGUGGGUGAAAAAUCAUCCUCAUCAUUGGAGAGCAAUUUAGAAGGACUGGCAUCUGUUCUAGAAGCGGACCUCGGAAUCUUCCGGAGCAAAAUCUUGCGAAUCUUGACAGACUGUGCCAUGAAGAUGCCGGAGAAGUGCACGGUGUACACAACCCUGGUGGGAUUACUCAACGCCAAGAACUUCAACUUCGGGGGCGAGUUCGUCGAUCACAUGGUAAAGAACUUGAAAGAAUCCUUGAAGAACUGCCAAUGGGACGCAGCCAGAUAUUCUCUGCGAUUUUUAGCAGACUUGAUAAACUGCCACGUUUUGUCUUGCGGAUCUUUAAUGCAACUAUUUGACAACAUGCUGGAGACAGCCAAUGAAGACGGAGUUCCCCAGGUUCGCCGUGACUGGUAUGUAUUUUGUGUGUUAUCAACCUUGCCGUGGGUCGGGAGGGAGUUGUACGAAAAAAAAGAGCAAGAGUUGGAUCACUUGAUGGUCACUAUUGAGAUAUUUAUCAACAAAAGAAGCAAAAAACACCAGCCAGCACUAAGAGUCUGGUCCAGUGACACUCCUCAUCCCCAAGAGGAUUAUUUAGACUGUCUCUGGGCUCAAAUUAGGGAACUAAGACAAGGGAACUGGGCAGAGAAGCAUAUUCUAAGACCUUACCUAGCAUUCGACUCUAUUUUAUGCGAAGCGCUGCACCACAACUUGCCAACUCUGCUUCCACCGCCGCACCACGAGUCCUACUUGUAUCCUCUGCCCACAGUAGUCUUCAGAAUGUUUGAUUACACUGAUUGUCCAGCAGAAGGUCCAGUUCUCCCCGGGAGCCACGCAAUCGAGAGAUUUUUAAUCGAGGAACACCUCCGGCAAAUAAUCGACAAUUUUUACUUCGAGCGCAAGCACUGCGCUGCUAAUUUGCUGAGUUUUCCCUACAAAACAAAAAUCCCCCUGGAAUAUUGUAUUGUUGAAGUGAUUUUUGGGGAAUUAUUCAAGCUGCCGACUCCUAAAUACUUGGAGAUCGCUUACGGCUCUAUUUUAAUUGAGCUGUGUAAAUUGCAACCAUCUACAAUGCCCCAAGUACUGGCUCAGGCGACUGAGAUACUCUUCCGGCGCAUCGACAGCAUGGCUGCUGCAUCCUUCGACAGAUUUGUCUGGUGGUUCUCCUACCACUUGAGCAACUUCCAGUUCCGGUGGUCCUGGGAGGACUGGGACUCCUGCUUGCAGCGAGAACCAGAGCACCCGAGGCCUAAAUUCGUCCGGGAAGUUCUGUUAAAAGUACUCAGAUUGUCCUACCACCAGAAAAUCAGAGAGAUGAUGCCGGAGAAUUACGCGGAAUUGAUCCCCGCUAUGCCCGAGCCGAUUUUUAAGUUCGCUGCCAAAGGAGCUAGCUCUCUUCCUGGGACAGUCGCUGCUAGUGAACUGGUAGCUUCAAUUAGACGCAAGUGCACGCCUGAGGAAGCUCUUAAUAUUCUUAAUUCACUGCCGGGGCAAAAUGAAAAUGAAGAAGCCAACAGCUUUAAUCCGUUGAAGAUUGAAGUCUUUGUUCAGACUUUGCUACAUCUUGGCUGCAAAAGUUUCAGCCACAGUUUUGCUGCCAUCAGCAAGUACCACUACGUUUUUAAAGUACUUGCCGAGACGGAGGAAUCUCAGAUUUGUAUUCUUCAGAAUAUGUUCGCUCUGUGGAAGAAUCAUCACCAGAUGUUGGUUGUUUUGACGGAUAAAUUUUUAAAGACUGGGAUUAUUGAAUGCAGCACUGUUGCCAAGUGGAUUUUUUCCAAAGAAAUGGAGUCCGAGUUUACGAAAAUUUACGUCUGGGAAAUUCUUCAUCUUACUAUUCGUAAAAAAAAUCAGCAUGUUAUUAAACUCUCCAAAGAACUGGCGGAAGCUAAGGAAAAAUUACGACGAACUGAACGAGGAUCGGGAUCUUCUUCUGAAGAAGACGAGGCUAAUAAAGACACUGAAAGACCCACGGAAGAUGCUGUGGAAGGUAUGGAGGAAAAAUUAGAAGCUGCUGAGUCUGACCAGAAGAAUUUAUUCCUGAUUAUUUUUCACGGAUUCACCAUGUGCUUGACUGAUAGGGUUGACUACAACACCCACUGGUACAAAUGGACCAUUGGACGGCUUCAGCAAGUCUUCUUGGCGCACCAUGAACAAGUUAUGAAGUAUUCAUCUACCCUCAAGAGUCUUGUAUUUGCGGAGGACACUGAUCGCCACAUUACCGAUGUUUUUCAUCAGUUUAUUUCUCUACGAGCUUAAUUAUUUUUUUUUUGAGUAUUCAUAUUAUCGAGUAAUUAAAUAUAUUGUAUUUAAUAAUUAUUAUUCUGCUAUUUUAAAGUUAAU